AUGUUGAGGUUAACGGUUAUAUUUUUAUUCUAUGUGCUACUUUUAGUAAACACAUCAGAACAACAACAGCUAAUUAACUCAACAACAAUAGCAACAUGUAAUUUUACUGCAUGUAAUUCUCAACGAAUAUCAUGUUCAUCGAAUCUUAACUGCGAUUGUUUUUCAUUAACAUCCAAUUCGAAUAUAGGAAUAUGUGCUUUAACUACUCUCUCCUGUGAAAGUUUUGUACGAUGUAAUAUGGAUAAUGUUAGUUGCUCAAUCGAAAUUGCAACAACAACUCAAAAGAGUACCACUACCACUAAAAAAUUGACAACAAUAACUACUCAAAAGCCUACAACUACCACUAAAAUAUCGACAACAACAUCAACAUCAAGAGGAUGGUUUUCUACUGGUAAUAUGAUUAAUGCACGAUCUACUCACACAGCAUCUGUAUUAUCAAAUGGAAAAGUAUUAGUUACUGGUGGUAAUGGUUUUGGUGGUACUUUAAAUAGUGCUGAGUUGUAUAAUCCAUCAACAGGUACUUGGACAACUACUAGUAACAUGACUAAUACACGACGUUCUCACACAGCAUGUGUAUUAUCAAAUGGAAAAGUAUUAGCUACUGGUGGUACAACCGAUGGUAUCAGUGCUUUAAAUAGUGCUGAGUUGUAUGAUCCAUCAACAGGUAUUUGGGCAACUACUAGUAACAUGACUAAUGCACGAUAUUAUCACACAGCAUCUGUAUUAUUGAAUGGAAAGGUAUUAGUAACUGGUGGAUGGAAUUUCACUAUUACUUUCAACGGUGCUGAAUUGUAUGAUCUAUCAACAGGUACUUGGACGACUACUGAAAACAUGACUAUUGGACGAUAUUGGCACACAGCAUCAGUAUUAUCAAAUGGACUAGUAUUAGUUACUGGUGGAACUUAUAAUGUUGGCGCUUUAAAUACUGCAGAAUUAUAUUAA